UUCGAAUCAGAGUUCAACUUGACACAGGAGCAGCACUAAUCAGUCAACGAUGAGCGACGAGACGCUUACGAUCAACGUCGAGUUCAGUGGGGGACUAGAGUUGCUCUUCGACAAUCAAAAGAAGUACACGCUCUCAUUACCAAGCAAUGACGAAUCCGGCGCACCGUCGAAUGUGGCAUUUCUUGUAAGGCACCUUUGCAACAAAGUCAUGAAAGAUGCAAGAAAAGACAUGUUCGUCCUGGACGACACUGUACGUCCGGGCAUUUUGGUCCUCAUCAACGAGGCAGACUGGGAGUUGGAGGGGGAGGAUCAGUAUGAGUUGCAGAAGGAUGACCACAUCAUGUUUGUGUCCACUCUACAUGGAGGUUAGCUGGGAUGCGCUGGGCUCGAACGAACAAAUAUCAACAUUAUAAGCAGCGGCCCGAUUUGAGCGAUCCCAGUCAUACACUGUUUGUCGAUGAUA